AAAAAAUGUAUACUCUUUGGAGGGGACGAUACAGAAACGUUUUGCCGCGUUUAAUGAUAAUAUAACAAAAGUUUGUGAUUGUUUUCUAUAGUUUUGGGCUUUGAAUGGAUCUUAGCUUCGUUGUUUUGCAUAUAGUUGUAAUGUUUUCUUUUUUGUUGUAAUAUAAGCCUUUUUUAUGCGUUGAUAUAUACGUAGCUAUUAUUUGAAUUUUAAUAAUUCUUAAAUUUUAAGGUAGUAUUAUGUCUUUACGUCCUGAAAGAGUCGUUUAGUAAAAUAAAAAUGUCAUCGAAAAGUGAACUCUCAGAUAGUAGCACCUCGUCUGUACGUGCUAAUGUUCUUUCUGCAGCUAAGAAUCGCAGGAUAAAGAGAAAACGGGGGUUGGGAAUUGAUGACUCUUCCAGUGACGCUCCAGGAUCUCUAGGAGACCGGGUCAAGAAGUCGAGAGCUACAGAAGAUUUAAAAUUCGCUCAGCAUGAAAAGAGUUCAGAAAAAGAGGCAAGUAGCGGAGACAGUUCUGCAAAUGAAGAUGCGGACGACAGUUCGCAUGAAUCAAUCGAAGGUGAUAGCGUUGUAGAUACACCCAAGCGUGAGAAAACCAACUUGCAGACGAAAAGCAGCGGCAGUGCCAUAGAUUCAGACGAUGAGAUAAAGGCUACUUCGGGAGAGGUGAGUACUGAGAGUGAUAAAACAGACAGUGAUAGCAACAACUGUGCAAAAAAUGUUUCCAAUUUAUCAGUGCCCCUCAAGAGCUCAAAGAAGUACACAUCUUCCCCAACAGGCUCGCUUGAUGAAGGUAGACGCCAAACUGCCAGCAUGAAAAAUAAACUGUCAAAGGAAAAGCUUCCUGCUAAUCAAGGUGAUAGUGAUAAUUCCAGUGAUGACGAAUCCUUAGGCAAAUCUAAAUUGUCAAGGGCAAGAAGUAAAUUGGGUUGGAAAUCUAAGUUGCAAAUACAAACAAAAAAUAGUUCAACUGGAGAUAAUACAGCUAGUAGUUUGCUUGAAGAAAAUAUCAGUGCCUGUGAAGAUGAACCUGGGAAGCAGACACACAGAAAAAAGAAAUUUUCCAAAGGGGCGAAGGGUGGUUUGGGAUCUAGUGAUAAAGUCAAACAUAAGCGAAGCAAAGAAAGUGACGAUGUUCAGACUGAAGAAGACUCGGAACUGUCCGAUGUCUUGAAGUCACAUUCAGUAAUGAGAGUUGAUUCAAGUAACUCAGAAUUGAAGAAAAAUAGUAAGAAUGCUAAAAAUGUUACUGUCUCCAAAAGGAAAAGAACAAAAAACGUGAAGAAGAAGCAGAACAAAUCCACUGAUGCAGUCAAAAGCAAACUCAAUAGCAGUGAGAGCAGUUCAGAUAGCGACAGUGGUUUGGAGGGUUCCAACAAUGAAACAUCAAAGAAAGAGAUGACCGAUGGAACGCCGAGCGGCAGAGCUGAGCCGCAGGAGACUAGCAGCUCAGGAUCGGACUCUGAGCCGCUGGUCAGCAAACGGAACAAAGAAGGUUCCACAGAGAAGCCUCGGUCGUCACACUCCGAUGUGGACAGCGAGACAGACAAGCAACGUUCAAGAUCUUCGUCAAAUGCUGAACGACAAAUAAAGACCAUGCAUACUGUGAGCUCAUCAGAUACUGACAGUGAAGAUGGAUCAAAAUUAAGUAGAACGAAAGAAAAAAAAGAGAAGAAAAACCAGAAACAUAAGACAGAUAAAGAUGCCAAUGAAAAAAAGUUGGCGAAUAGUGAGAAGGACGCGCACAAGGACAGGGGCGUGCUGCGCGCCAAGCGCUACGUCAAGGAGGCGGGACUGCGCGUCGGCAGCUACGCGGCGCUGUGGGCCGGCUGCCGCAGCAACAAGGCGCGCGCCAGGGCCAUCAUCGACUUCCUGCGCGAGCACGGCUUGUCGGGAACACCAACUCUAGAUAAGUGCAAGCGAUUACGUUUGAAGAACGAAAAGAAAAAUGAAGCAAGAGAACUCGACUUGGCAAAUAUCAUCAGCACAGGCCGUGAGUCGCGGAGGAACGUCUCGGCUCCUGCGAGCAAGCCGGUCGACCAAGACAACCCGACCAAGCGCCACAUCCAGCAGAGGUUCGCCCGCAUACAGGCCCUGGGCGACAGUGACUCCAGCUCCGAGUGACCCCCAGCUGGGACGCCUGCGACUGCAGACACACAGUGGCCUGGCAGCUCGCACAGCACGAGGCCUGUCGCUGUCGGCCAGGGUGCGGCCGAGCUCGCGAGACUCCGCCCACUGCGACACUCAACCCUCCUCGGUCAACCUGUGCCAACAUUCAGAUACCAAUAAUAAGCUAUUCAUAACAACACUUCAAAAUAACGAAUAUUUGUUUCAUUGCGCAUGUUUGACACAGCAUACCUCAUGAGCUUGUCAAGUACCAUUGUUCACUGUUAACCUUAAGUCAUUUGUGCAAUACAAAUACCCUUUUUAAAUGUUUCAAUGGGACUUCAUAAUCAAAAGUUGAACAGUAAGCGACGUUUUAAACUUGCAACAAGUAUUCAAAGAUUUUUUCACUAUUGUCUCACUAAACAGUAACGAAAAAAUCACGUGAAUGAUUCAAAAAAAGUAAAAUUUGUCAUGUGAACCUUGAAAACAAAAUAUUAUGUGUAUUUGUUUCAUCACAUGCACAAAAACUGGAAAGAAAUAAAUAAAUAAACAUCAACAAUAAUGGACUACAACACAAAACAUGGACACUCAAUUGCGGUGCCUGUUAAAAGAAGUAAAUGUCAUUGUUUCAACAGUGUAUAAAUCUGUAAUUGCAAUUGAUCUAACACCAUGUGACACAUAGCAGCUUCCUUGCUGUAUGUAUCUAUGACAAAACAGACAUGGCGACUCAUAAAUGUAAAAUAUUAUAUUUAAGAAACCUAAAUAAUGGUUGAAGAUUCCAAAUGAAAUUGGCAGAUUCUGUUUACAAUAUUGUUGAACAAAAAAAAAAGAUUACUUGACUGUGUUACAAUAAAACUUAUAAAUAACUAGGGUUUAAUUAUGUAAAUAACUAAAUGUGCUCUCUUUUUCCUUGGAAAUACAUUAAUAUACAGGUUGUAUCAAAAUUCAUGUUACAACGCUUGAGGGUAGAAAGCUCUUAUUAUUUGCAACCAUUUUUGCCAAUAAACAUGUUGCCGGAAAAACGUAGUUAAGCCCCUGUAGCCCCAAAAAGUGUCAGCGUAGGCUAGUGAUGGCCCGAUAUUCGAUAUCCGAUAUCGGAGAUCUAUAAUAUCGGCACAUUUUUCAAUAUCGGACAUCGGUAAAUACUUGCGAUAUUUUGAUAACCGAUGUUUGCUCUCGCCAAUAAUACUUCUCACAUAACCUUAACCGUAAUUCCAAGCUUAUUUUCCGCGGGCGUAAUUUAUCUAUCUUCACGUCACCAUAUUACCUAGUAAUUUCAAGCAUAUUUUCCACAGAAACAAUUUCAAGCCUAUUUCUUCUUUCUGAUACUGCAAUGCAUCCCGACGGUACAAUUCUUCCAUGUGUACACAAAUCCCAGUCAUUAGUGCAUAUUUAUUCGUUUCAGAUAUUCGCAAAAUGUUUUCGCUUGAUGAAUUUUCGAAGUUCACUAUGUGUACAUAAAUUGAAAACAUAAACGAAAAUAAUUACGAUAUUUAAUUUAAUAAGUGGUGUAGCCGUAAGUAAACAUUAAGAAGAAUAAAGUUGCUGCUUGAUAUAACAGACAUUUUCUUUCCGUGUCGUUUCACGGUCGCCAACUGCUGUUCUACACAAAAACAUUACGUAAGUUUUUACAAAAGCUAAAAUAUGAAACGUGUUUACGUAGGGCAAGUUGCAGCAAAGGUAUUAUGUUGGCUAUAUUGAGUGCAUUGGAAACAACAUAAAUAAAGAUGUGUGGUUUUAUAAACUCUGCAGUACGUUUCAAAGUUGUAUUGAAAUUACUUUUCACGUAUUUUUAACGUGUUUUCGCACCAAUAAAUGGAGUGAUACACUUGAACAAUGGUCACAAAAUUUACUACUUGAAGACCUUCCUUUCUAGAGUGUCGUUUACCGUGAUGAAAUGUUACAAAGGGUACAAAAGUUUGAUGUUCUUCGGCGGUAGCCUACAACUCACGUAGUUUAGGUUCCCUACCACGUUCGUGCAACUUCGGAUUUCUCUCAAAAAUUGAAAUUAAAAAAAAUCUAAUUGUUAGGUUAGGUUAGGUCAGUCACAACAUGCUUGAACUUCUGAUUUAGCGGCUGAAGUGGCGUUAAUAAACUUCGGAAAUCUUCGUAAAUUCUUGCAGGGAACCGAAACUACGUGAAUUGUGGGCUUCCCGUUUUUCGGACGGUAUUUUUCGUAGAUUACAGUUGAGACACUGGACUCAGUACAUGCAGUGGCUUGUAAUUCAUACAUUAUAAGCAAAUACACUAGCGACUAAUACCGGACAGCUACAAUAUUUCUCAACAUUUCUCCACAAAAAUCUGAAAUUUGUUUCCUUGUAGUUACAAUAUGUUUUUUUCAUACUGUAGGUAAUACCUACACCAGAAUAUUGCUUUAUCUGGCCUUGAAAAACAAUUUAAAUUUUUAAGACCUUGAAUUUAGAGAGCUUAUUUGUAGGCCAUUAUGAUAAAUUCAUUAUUAGCUUUCAUUUAAUGUGAAUUUACUAUAUUUUACAUUUAAUAAAAAUAAUAUACAUUCACAUAUGUAUGUUUUAUUAAUAUUUAACAUUUUUCAUUAUUGUCUCUAACAAUACUCCAGAAACACAAUUUUAUAGAAUCAGUGUUAGAAAUGAGAUAGGCCUAUUAUCAGAAUAUCGGUAUAUCGGGUAUCGGUUAUCGGAUCGGUAAAUUUGGAAAUAUCGGAAUCUGUAUCGGGUUUUUGGAUAUCGGGCCAUCACUAGCGUAGGCAAACCGUUGGGCUUUGUGCGAGACAGACGAUGCUGUGGUGAAUUACGUGUUUACGACGCCGGGCAGCGCUCGAGAGGACUACGAUGUGGAAUGCUGACCCCCGCCCCUUUUUACUUCCGUUGGUGGCGCCCUCACCUCUUAUUUCCGUUCGUGUCGCAGUGUGUUUUGAUAUCACUGGUGGUAUGUCGUUGACUGUUCUGUCGUACAAGCAAACUCGUGGUGUCAUUUCUUUCGCCGUGGUUCUGAAAAGGGCGACGUUUUAGUGGACCUCAAUGGAGUACACGUUUAGUGAGUACACGGACAUGCUGCAUGUUUACGGGGAAGCUAGACAAAAUGGACGAGCCGCCCGUCGUCUGUACGAAGAACGAUAUCCGGGUCGUAGGAUUCCAGCUCUCACCAUGUUUGCAAGACUUACUCAGCGAAUGCGUGAUACUGGUUCCGAUAUGGACGCUGACAAAAUGGCUGUUUGGCGAGUUCUUCAUGAGCAACUCUUGUACCCGUACCACCUUCAAAAAGUGCAACACAUGGGUCCGGCAGAUUAUCCUCUUCGCAUGACCUUUUCUCGUUGGUACAUUCGAAGAGUUUUAUUCAGCGAUGAAGCCAAGUUCACUCAAGACGCUAUUCUCAAUUCGCACAACAGUCGUGUUUGGAAUGAUGUCAAUCCGCAUGCAACGUGUGUUACAGCUCGCCAGGAACGUUUUUCAGUUAAUGUGUGGGCCGGUAUUGUUGACGGCGUACUCAUCGGGCCUUUUUUUCUUCCGCCACAACUUACCGGCGCCGGAGACCUCCACCUCCUUUAGAACGAACUACCAGGUCUUCUUGAAGAGGUUACAUUGCAUGUCCGACAUGUGAUGUGGUACCAACAUGACGGGGCACCACCUCAUUUUUCCCUGCAAGUGCGAGAGUAUUUAAAACAAACAUUUCCAAACCGAUGGAUUGGACGAGCGGGCCCUGUCGCAUGGCCGCCAAGGUCACCGGACCUAACCCCGUUAGAUUUCUUUCUGUGGGGUUACGUAAAAGGGCUUAUCUACGCUACGCCAGUAGAAACAGUAGAAGAGCUUACACAGAAAAUCAUUGAAGCGUUCGAAAUCAUAAGGUCGACUCCAUACAUGCUCCAGCGUAUCCGUGAAAACAUGUUUCGCCGUUGCCACCUCUGAGUCGCUCAAGGUGGGCGUGUUUUUGAGCCGUUGGUUUAGGCUUUCACGUUGUUAAAACGUAUGCAACAAUUUCAAUGUUGUGAAACAAAGCCGAAGCUGUGAUUGAUUUCAGAGUGAAAUUAAAAUCUGUGCCACAAUUAAAAAGGUUAAUUCUCUACUCGAACGCCCACACAUCCACAACAUAACACUCUACAACGGGUUGCCUACGCUGACUCUUUUUGGGGCUACAGGGGCUUAACUACGCGUUUCCGGCAAAAUGUUUACUGGCAAAAAUGGUUGCAAAUAAUAAGAGCUUUCUACCCUCAAGCAUUGUAACAUGAAUUUUGAUACACUCUGGCUGCAUCCGAAUACUGGCCUAAUGGAUCCCUUAGCUAAGAGAUCCACUAAAAGUGUAUCGUAGUGGACACAGCCAUCUUUGUGUUGAAUCCGAAUUAUCACAAGGGAUGCCGAUGCAUCCCUUCAGGCAUCCACUAAUUCGAGAUUUCUAGGGAUGCGACACUCGCAUCCACUAACACGUCCCUACAUCCAUUAGUUUCGGAAUCGGGUUUUAUUUUGUUUGUGUAUAAUAUUACUUCAGAUUUUCAGCAUAAGAUUUGUUUAAAACAUUAUAAGCGAAAGUGAUAACUUAAACAGAGACAAAUGAAGACGUUAAUAAAUAUAAUCAAAAUACGAAUUUAAACUUAAAGAAUAAUUCAAAACUCAUAAGUAUUUUUAAAGUUUACAAUUUAUAAAAUGUAUUUUAUUUGGAUCGCUAACAUGUAUAACAUACAUGUUACAUUAUUUUUUAAUUGGUAGGUAUUUAUUAUUUACGUUUGCUGAAUAUUCGUAGAUAUCCCUACACAAAAUGGCUGCGUGAACAUUAGUACGACUGACAGUCAACAGGUGAUGCUAGCAAUAAAAGUAUUCGGAUACUAUCCAUCCAUUAGAAAUGUGUCCUCUACAUUGUGGCUGCAUUUGCUAAGGGAUGUAGGGAUGUGUGUGCUAAGGACGCAUCCCUAUGUAUUCGGAUACAGCCACUGUAUAUAUUUUUUUUGUGAAAAGGAUUGUAAUGGAUUUUACGGUAUUUUGUCGUUCGAGGAAAUUUUCCGGAUCAACAUGUGGAGUACAGGUUCUGGAAAAUAAGGUGAAAAGGAAUUGAUAUGAAUGGUUGGUUAUUUUUGGUUAGGUUAAGAUAAGUUAGCUGCAUAAAUAAAAAAAAAAAUGUUUUAUUUCAUAAUUUAAAUAUUUUUACAUUUUCCAUGUAAUUACUGUAGCUGACUUAAUAAGUGUGUCAUUUAACAAUUAGACGUCCAUAUCAUAAGUAUGUUUAUUAUUACUUUUUUUAAAUUAUUGUAUAUCAUUCCUUCGUUCUGUUUUAAAAUACAUUUCAGUACAAAGCAAUCCAAAGUUAUUACAUGUCUGUCAAUAGUCAGAACAUACCUAGACAGCAUCACCUUUAACCAUCUCUUUGAUGCAUUACAAAAUAUUCAGAUAAUGUACUGUAAAGUAAUGUGUUUGAUAUGUUUCUUUAAAUCUCUAAACUCGAGUAGUAAAGUACCGUAUUUACUCGCGUAAAGGCCCCCCUUUUUCCCCCAAAUUUUGACUCCAAAAAAGGGGAGGGGGCCUAUACGCGAAUUUGGAGGAAAAAAUUGAUUUUUCUUUUCAAGUCGUGCGUCUUUGUGCGAAUGAGGAAGGCGGGGGAGGCAGCGACGCUCAAGAGGGAGAGAGAGGCAACGACUCCGCAGGGGGGAGAGGCAGCGCUAUAUCAGGGGGGGGAGAGGCAGAGGCAGCGCUGUGUCAGGAGGGGAGAGAGGCAGAGGCGUGGCUUAACCUCCCUCCUGCCAGCUCGCCAGCCAACCAGACAAAGGAGUGUUAGAAUCCUUGACCCACUUCCCUUCCUCCUUCACUUCCCCUCUUCUUCUCCGACAACACUGCACAUCAACACAGCGCGCGAGUCCAGCUUUCUUUAUCUUUAUGUCGUUUGAGAUAGGACUAACUGCUUACGUCUGGCAUGCCUCACGACGGUCCUACUGAGAACGGACAAACUAUAAUACCAGUCUCUGUAUCACUGCCGCUUACAAAAUCACCUCCCGCCGGUCACAAUACAUGGCUUGUUGUUUGAUGCAUGCCAAGCUGCCCUGCCCUCAGAUAAACCCAGAAAAACACGUUUUUAAAUUUUUUCUCAAAAAUGUUUACAAAACAAGGAGGGGGGCUUAUACGCGGGCGGGGCCUUUACGCGAGUAAAUACGGUAUUGUGGAGUUAGAAAUUAUCAAAUUAAUAGAAGUACAUGUGUUUUGACUGUAGAAGAUCUGAUUCAAACGUAGACUGUUGUUGUCACUGGGGUGUCACUGUUACAACCCAGACCUCCCAGCUAGCUCAAAAUUGGUCUGAAUUGCAAAUACACAAAAACACUGGAAAAAAAUGUCCUGAUGACUUGUUGCAUAGUUGUGUUUAUAACUCAGUUAAUUAUAUUUCACGACAACUGUUACAGAUGUAAUUUGAAUAAAAACGUUUGAA